AUGUGGAAAAAGAUCCAGAACAGGAAUCGUGGUCUGCAGGAGGUUUCAGAUGAACAUAAGCUCAGUGUGAGGAGGAGAUGUGAACAUGUGACUGAAGGAACUGGUGAAACAGGAAGUAGAACCCUCCUCAACAGGAUCUACACUGAGCUCUACAUCACAGAGGGACAGAGUGAAGAGGUUAAUACUCAACAUGAGGUGAGGCAGCUUGAGACGGCUUCCAAGAGGAAGAUCCUCCAGGACACUCCCAUCAAGUGCCACGACAUCUUUAAAGCCUCCACUGACCAGCAGAGCAGCAUCAGAGUCGUCCUGACCAACGGAGUCGCUGGUGUUGGAAAAACCUUCUCGGUGCAGAAGUUCACUCUGGACUGGGCAGAGGGUUUAGAAAACCAGGAUGUGGAUCUGCUGACUGUGCUUUCGUUCAGGGAGCUGAACCUGGUGAAGGACCAGCAGCACAGUCUCCUCGAGCUGCUCCGUGUUUUCAAUCCAACGUUACAGAAGCUCACAGCAGAGACGCUCUCUGUCUGUAAACCUUUGUUCAUCUUUGACGGCCUGGAUGAAAGCAGACUUUCUCUGGACUUCAACCACAGGGAGCUUGUGUCUGAGGUCACACAGAGGUCAUCAGUCAACGUGCUGCUGACAAACCUCAUCCGGGGGAAUCUGCUUCCCUCGGCUCACGUCUGGAUAACCUCCAGACCUGCGGCGGCCAAUCAGAUUCCUCCUACAUGUGUUGACAGGGUCACAGAAGUACGAGGCUUCACUGACGCCCAGAAGGAGGAGUACUUCAGGAGGAGAUUCAGUGAUGAAGAGCUGUGCAGCAGAAUCAUCUCACACAUCAAGACGUCCAGGAGCCUCCACAUCAUGUGUCAAAUCCCAGUCUUCUGCUGGAUCAGUGCUACAGUUCUGGAGCACAUGUUGACCACAGACCAGAGAGGAGAGCUGCCCAAGACCCUGACUGACCUGUACUCACACUUCCUGCUGGUUCAAACAAAGAGGAAGAACAACAAGUACGGUGAGGGACAUGAGACGACUCCACAGCAGCUGACUGAGGCUGACAGGGACGUUCUUCUGAAGCUUGGGAGGCUGGCACUUAAACAUCUGGAGGAAGGAAACAUCAUGUUCUACCAAGAAGACCUGGAGCAGUGUGGUCUUAAUGUCACAGAGGCCUCGGUGUACUCAGGAGUCUGUACUGAGAUCUUCAGAAGAGAGUGUGUGAUCUUCCAGAAAUCAGUCUACUGCUUUGUUCAUCUAAGCGUUCAGGAGUUUCUGGCUGCAGUCUACAUGUUCCACUGUUACACCAAGAGGAACACAGAAGAACUCAACAACUUCUUGGGAACAUAUGGGGACACAGACAGAACCUUCUCCCUGGAUGACCUCCUGAAGAGAACCAUGAGGAAAUCCUUCACCAGUACAAAUGGUCAUCUGGACCUGUUUGUUCGCUUCCUUCACGGCCUCAGUCUGGAGUCCAACCAGAGGGUCUUAGGAGGCCUGCUGGGUCGGACAGAGAACAAUCCAGAGAUCAUCCAGAGAGUCAUCAACAACCUGAAGCAGAUGGAGAGUGAUGACAUUUCUCCUGACAGAAGCAUCAACAUCUUCCACUGUCUGACUGAGACGAAAGACCACUCAGUUCAUCAGCAGAUGCAACAGUUCCUGACAUCAGAGAACAAAUUGAAGGAGAAACUCUCUGAGAUCCACUGCUCAGCUCUGGCCUACACGCUGCAGAUGUCAGAGGAGGUUCUGGAUGAGUUGGACCUGGAGAAGUUCAACACAUCAGACCAGGGCCGACGGAGACUGAUCCCAGCUGUGAGGAACUGCAGGAAGGCUCUACUCAGUGGUUAUGGACUCUCAGAGACUCACUGUGAAGUCGUGGCCUCAGCUCUGAAGUCAGACCCCUCACAUCUGAGAGAACUGGAUCUGAGUAACAACGAGCUGCAGGACUUAGGAGUUAAGCUGCUGUGUUCUGGACUGGAGAGUCCAAACUGUCGACUGGAGACUCUGAGGUUGGAGGAUUGCAGACUGUCAGAGAUCAGCUGUUCUUCUCUGGCUUCAGCUCUGAGGUCAAACCCCUCUCAUCUGAGAGAACUGAAUCUGAGUAGUAACAAUCUGCAGGACUCAGGAGUGAAGGAGCUGUGUGGUUUUCUACAGAGUCCAACCUGUCGACUGGAGACUCUGAGGUUGUGGGACUGCAGUUUGUCAGAGAUCAGCUGUUCUUCUCUGGCUUCAGCUCUGAGGUCAAACCCCUCUCAUCUGAGAGAACUGGAUCUGAGUAGAAAUGUCCUGCAGGACUCAGGAGUGAAGGAGCUGUGUGGUUUUCUACACAGUCCAACCUGUCGACUGGAGACUCUGAGGUUGAAGAAGUGCAGUCUUUCAGAGAUCAGCUGUUCUUCUCUGGCUUCAGCUCUGAGGUCAAACCCCUCUCAUCUGAGAGAACUGGAUUUGAAUGACAACAACCUGCAGGACUCAGCAGUGAAGGAGCUGUGUGGUUUUGUACAGAGUCAAACCUGUCGACUAGAGACUCUGGGGUUGGAGGACUGCAGUCUGUCAGAGAUCAGCUGUUCUUCUCUGGCUUCAGCUCUGAGGUCAAACCCCUCUCAUCUGAGAAAACUGAAUCUGAGUAGUAACAACCUGCAGGACUCAGGAGUGAAGGAGCUGUGUGGUUUUCUACAGAGUCCAACCUGUCGACUGGAGACUCUGAGGUUUGAGGGCUGCAGUCUGUCAGAGAUCAGCUGUUCUUCUCUGGCUUCAGCUCUGAUGUCAAACCCCUCUCAUCUGAGAGAACUGGAUCUGAGUAGAAAUGUCCUGCAGGACUCAGGAGUGAAGGAGCUGUGUGGUUUUCUACAGAGUCCAACCUGUCGACUGGGGACUCUUUGGUUGAUUGGCUGCAGUCUGUCAGAGAUCAGCUGUUCUUCUCUGGCUUCAGCUCUGAGGUCAAACCCCUCUCAUCUGACAGAACUGGAUCUGAGUAGCAACAACCUGCAGGAAUCAGCAGUGAAGGAGCUUCUUGAUCUAAAGCAGAGUUCAACCUGUCGACUGGAGACUGUGAGAUGGGGGAGGUGGUCUUUGUGAAGGUGAGUGUGAAGAGGCCAGUUUGUGUGGGUGUGGACGGAGGCUGAGCUGUGUCCUGAUGACCCAGAGGCUGAAGCAGCAGCAGCUUGUGUGUAGUCUCCAAUCUACACAACCCCUAAUCUGCAUGUGUUUGUGAGAUGAUGCCGGACCCCUAGAGAACACACGGGGAGAACAUGCAGACUCCACACAGGAAGACCCCAUCUGAACCGGAUACAAUCCAGCAACCUUCUUGCCCGAUUGUGUUUAUUCACAUGAAGAAUGUGUUUAUUGAAAUGACACAACACAAGCAGAAUAUAUAAACACUCUAUAAAGAGUCACAUACAGUGUGUUUAAGUUUGUCUUUAUUAUUUUCCACUUUUGUCCCACAGUAUAUCUCCAUGUGUGUAUAACCACAUUCUGUGUUUGUUUGUUUAUGAUCUUAGUAGAUUAAAGUUCCUGGAUUCACGUCACAAAUUGAUUUAGUUCAACGCAAAGUUAAACACAUUUAAAUCACUUUGAGCUCAAAAUCAGAGUUUUGUCUUUGACACAAAAGAUCAAAAGUCUGGACUUAAAAAUGGAACGUUUUCAUCUCUGCAUCAGGUGCAGAGCAAUGGUUGCUUUACUACUUUUUACACCACAGGUGGAGCUGUAGUAUAAGAGCAGAACAUCCCAGUCAAAGCCUUUAUAUUCAGUCAAUGAGUCAAACACAAGGAUAAUUUCUUCUUUGACAAACAUCUCAGAGAGAAAAGUUCUGUUUCUACUUGUCUCUGCUUUAAUGCUCAAUAAACAUCCUUCCACCGACUUCA